GCAACUCAAACACAAGCUCGAUGAAAGUCAGAAAAAGCAGAGUGAACUGCAAAGAGAGUUGGAGCAUAAAAACAGCAUGCAGAUUCCCCCCGGCACAGAAAACAAUGGAUAUUCUUACUCUGGAAAUCCAGCCCCCUCUUUGUCAGAUCAGGCAGAGGAGGUUCAGCUACUCAGAGAUUCACUUCGGAGUUUGAGGAACAACUUCAGAGACCACGACCCGCAGCACCAUACACUGGACACCCUGGAGCAGGGCAUAGUAUCACUCAUCGACAGACUGCACGUUCUGCACACACACAGGGGAAGAGGGAAAUCUCCAAGACGCAAAGGCCAACACACAGACUCCGACACCUGGCCCUGCACAAAGGUGUCUCAGUCCCACAGUGGCUCCUCAUCUGCCUCAACUAAAAUCCUUUAUUUUACUGGAAAAUCCCCAACACCUUCCAUGAUCAAUAUACCGAAAAGGCUCGGUGAGGUGACUCUUAAGGACGUUAAGGCAGCUGUGGAUCGAGAGGGAAACUACAGGUACCACUUCAAGGCCCUGGACCCUGAGUUUGGCACUGUGAAAGAGGAGGUAUUUCUGGAUGGAGCAAUUAUUCCAGGCUGGGAAGGAAAAAUAGUAGCAUGGGUAGAAGAGGACCGUGGUGAAGAAAGGCCGUUGUAGGUUCAAGCUGUGGGGCCAUGACUUUCUGUUUUCUGCACGUGGUCACUCUGAUCCCAGAGGCACAUCGAGACAGCUGUUCAACAGAGGCACAUUUGGACACUUUUUGAGAUUCGACUUAUUAGCAAAAUACUGUAUGACCUGUCAGCAAGAGAUUUGUGUUGAUCAGCUGGUACUAAACAGCCCUGAUAGCCCUUAGUCACUCUGGAAACAGCGUAGAUCUGUAGCUGAUGUCUAGGAUGUCGUAAAGCUCAGUGCCUUACAAAGGAAAGCUCUUUCCAUCAUGUGCUUAUUAUCGCCAGGCUGUAACUGUAUUAUCACAACUGGACUCACAAGUAGACAAAUAUUAUUUUGUUUUUAACUGUUUCUAAAACUGCAGUUGUGUUGUUGUUUCUCCUCUGGUUGAAUGCAGAGGUUUGUACUGUAUUUGAAAAAAUUUACAAAGUCAUUUUAGCCCCGUUUCCACCAAACACUUUUGGUAUGGUACCUUUGGAACUGAAAGUAACCCUUCAGACAUGGUACCUAGACCCUAGCGUUUCCACCACAAACAAUACUUCUAAAUGUGGGCGGGGUUGUUGUCACUCACUGCUCUAUCCAGCACUCUCUGUAUUUCCUCAUCACUGGUGACACAGAUGGAAGUCUGCACCUCAUUUAUCGUCCACAGAACGAGGCUGCAUGAGUCUCUCUCCAUGGGAUAUUUAGAAAUAGUGAGUUUGUGCAUUUAGUCUAAGGCAAGCACAGGGGUUCAAAAUUAAUUUAUAUCAACACUUGAAGAUCCACUCAUCUCUAAAAGUGUAUGUCAUAUAAAAACUAAAGUAAUGGUCAAAGUUGUCACAGUGAAAUUUAAGGUGUGCUAAUGGAUUCAUGUCGUCAAGUCAUACAUUGAGUAACAUAACAAGUUAACGUUCCACCUUAAAAGUUGCCGGCAGUCGGCCCAGUGAAUUAAGUUUUUUUUUUUUUUUUCCAGACUCCACCUGCUGCUAGAGGCAGCAAAACAUCCUUUAAUUUUAUAGUUACAGUAAUAAAACUCCACGGUAUGAACAGUGGUUACAUGAGC